AUGGGAACGCCUUUUGUAUCCCUCCUCGAGCCGACCAGGCUCGACGCUUAUAUCCGCGGUGUACCGCACGAUAAGCAGCCGGCUUCUAUCCCUAAGGAAUUUUGCGACGCCAUGGAGGUUCGUGAAAUCGUUUUCGUCAAGGAGCAAGGGGUUCCUGCCGAGAACGAAUUCGACGCUGAUGACAGCCGUUCUUGUCACUGGAUUUCGUACGCCUCGGUCAACAAGGUCGUCGAACAAGAAGUCCUUGAUGACGCCGGCAACAUCAUCAAGCCGCGCCGCAGCAGCACCCGUAGCACCCCAAUCGGCACUAUCCGUCUGGUGCCCUUCCCUCACGACCCCCACCCCAAGAAGGGGGGCGUUUACUGGGAUGGUCAGCUCAAGGAGGAGAAAACUGUCGGCGCGGGUGAGGGGACUGCGAAGUCGCCGGAGGCAGAGAAAAGUCCCAUUAAGGAGGAUGGUGCAGCGGGCGCUGCGGAGCAUGUGGGUGAGGAAAGGAGGUCAUCGGCAGCCAAGCCCUUCACCCAACCGGAUCGUGCAACGGAACUCCAUGACGGGAAGGAACCUUAUGUCAAGCUGGGUAGGUUGGCUGUGAUACGGGAGUUUAGAGGACACCGUAUCGGAAGGCUGUUGGUCACUACAGCACUUGCGUGGCUGAAAAAGAACCCGAGCUAUUUCGACCCAAGCAUCAAGGAGAUGGGGCUCGAGCAGAUUGGGGCCUCGACAGCUGAGGAGGUACCCAAGUGGAAGGGUCUCGUGUGUGUGCAUGCGCAAACGCACGUCAUCGGUGCAUGGGAGAAGUUUGGCUUCAAGGUUGAUGAAGGAAUGGGAACCUGGUGGGAGGAGGGUAUCGAGCAUAAGGGUAUGUUCUUGCGAUUGGACAUUGAAUCAGAGACUCCCGUUGUCUGA